AUGUCUUCUUCUCCAUACCUCGCCGUUUUCGUCUCCAAUAUCUCCAAUUUUAGCUCUCGUCCCUCAGCGCUCAUCCCCUAUACGGACACCUGGCUACUCAACUACCGAAGAAAUAGGUUGGGCACGUGUCGUGAAGAUUACACAUUCGCCCCCGAGAUCCCUAAUUCGCCCGACCAGGAAACCCGUAUCGGGAAGCUCUGGCGCAGUUCAGAGGGGCUGCCCCCGAUUUAUCGUAAUGAUCGUAGAUUACAUUGCACACGCUUCUUGGUGAACACUGAACGAAGCAAUGGUGAUUACUCAAGUCAUAACCCACAUGGAAGAGUAGGGGCGCGAGCGGCGCGGGGGUAACGAGAGGUGGUAAUAUCACCAUAGGAGAUCGACUCAGAUUAACUCCAGCU